AUGCCCCGCGCUCCCGUACUUUGUAUCACCCACGGCGGUGGUCCGAUGCCCGUGCUCGAGCCGCAGAUGGGCGGUCAUGGCCACGAUCCGCUCAACGAAAGCCUCAGGACUCGCGUGCGCGACAUCUUGAAGCUAGGCACCGCGGAAGCGCCGCGCGCCAUCGUUGUCAUUACUCCUCAUUUACGUCCGGAUUAUCCAAUGGUUACCAUGGUCGACAAGCCUCCGAUUUGCCACGACUUUGAGCCGAGCCACCCGCCCGCCGCGUGGGAGAUUCAGUACGAAGCUCCUGGGUCUAGUGAGGUGUCAAAUCUCGUUUACGACGCUCUGAGCUCAGCUGGCCUGAAUCCCGCCAAGGACUUCGAGAGAGGCUUCGACCACGGUGUUUUCAUCCCCUUCAUCUUCAUCAGCCCCAAAGGCGAGGUUCCGUUAAUCUCCGUCACCAUUUCCAGUUCCUCGGACCCGGAGUUGUACACCCGAAUGGGGCGAGCGCUUAUCAAGUUGCGUGAAGACAACGUUGCCGUCGUGGGCUCGGGCUUUGCCUCUUACCACAACGUGCCCAUGAUGCGAAAGCUUUACAUGGCGGACGCGGCCUCGCCCGAGAUGAUCGAGUGGCGGGACAAGGUGGCAAAGUUCAACAAGGGUCUUAUCAAUGCAGUUACGACACAGGAUCCAGGUCGACGCGCAGAGCUUUUGCGGUCGUGGCGGGACCUUCCUCACUCGUAUGACGUGCAUCCAGAUAAUGAGGACGAGCAUAUCCUCCCGUUGUUUGUGGCCGCUGGGGCUGCGGACUCUAGCAAAGGGGACUAUGCAGAGUCAAGCCCCGAAAUCCUCACCCCGAGGGAGUCCGUAUGUGUGGCAGCCGCCUGUGGUGGCCUGCUGAACGCCGUGGCGCUCAUGUACGCUCGCGACAUGGCAUCGCUUUGCCAGGCCGGGCUCGACACCAUCCGCAUGGCCAGGAGGCUGAGCCAGAUCGUGUUAUGGAGGGCGAGAUCGCUACACAAUGGGCCUGGAUGCUGGGGCUGGCUGGUGUCGGGCAUAAAAGCUGGAGAUUUGCAGGCGAUGCUCGACUCAUAUCACGCAGUGGAGAGCACGCCUAAUCACAGAACGAUUAAGGUGGCGGGGAGCGGCAUCGCAGAUGCAUGGCACACCGUCAUAGGCCCGCCUGCCGUCUUAGAGGACUUCUUUGGCCAGUAUCCCCCUUGUCAACGUCUGACAAAAUCAAGACUGCAAGUAACGGGCCCUGUCCACGUUAUUCCAGACGUCCAACUGGCCGAGGUCGAGCAUAUUGCCGCCGGUAUGACAUCUGUGCAUGGCAUGUUCGACAGUUCUCCCAGGACAGACAUCCAGCUGGUGUCUCUGGGUGAGGGUGGCCUGCUCUCUGCGCCGACGUGGAAAGAACUUCUGGACCUUGUGGUGCGGGAAAUCCUCAGCCAACCACUGAACAUGACGCGGGGAUUAUCAGCUGUUGAGUCGGCUAUUCCCCAUGAGGCUACGGUCGAUAUUUUUGGUGCAGGCCCGUCGCCGCAUAUUCCAACCCUGUGCGUAUACCUCAAGAGCAAGGGCAGGAAGGUUGUAAGCGUUGCGACGGAGCCGAAAUCGCCAUCAGCUCCCCUACCUGGGCAGAGUUCGGGCCGGAUUGCCAUAGUUGGCAUGGGUGGACGGUACCCUCGAUCCGGGGAUUUGGAGGAAUUUUGGGACAAAAUCUGCCAGGGAAAGGCCCUCCAUAAGGAACGAUUCAGCCUGGACGACUACUACAGUUCAAGCAACACACCGCACACCACCAACACAAAGUAUGGAUGUUUUCUUGACAGCCCAGGCCAAUUCGACGCCCGUUUCUUCAACCUCUCGCCGCGGGAGGCGAUGGAGGUUGAUCCAUCCCACCGCUUGUUCCUCCUUGCUGUGUACGAAGCCCUAGAGGUCGCCGGCUAUUUCCGUCGGCCGCAUACGAAAACUGAAUCGUGCCGGUUUGCAACCAUUGUCGGCCAGAUAUCAGAUGAUUGGACCGAAAUUAUCCGGCUCCGCGGCGGAGACGCUUUCAGCCUGACCGGUAAUCAACGGUCCUUUGCCGCUGGGCGCGUCAACUACCAUUUUAAAUGGGCGGGCCCCGCUGUCACGUUGGACACAGCGUGUUCAUCGAGUAUGACGGCGCUAACCCAGGCCUGUACGUUGUUAUUGACGGGUGAUUGUGAUAUGGCUGUCGCUGGCGGCACCAAUAUUUUCUCUAGUCCCUUUAAUUUUAAUAUCCUUGGGAAGGCCGGGUUCACCUCGACGACGGGCGGGUGCAAAUCCUACCGAGCAGACGCCGACGGCUAUUGCCGUGGUGAAUUCGUCGGGGCCUUUGUGCUAAAGCGGUACGAGGACGCCUUGAAGGAUAACGACAACAUUUUGGCCACGGUGCUCGGUUCGGCGAGAAACCAUUCUGGCAAUGCCAUCUCCAUUACGCAUUCGGACCACGAGGCUCAGGAGCACCUCAUGGCCGAAGUUUUGCGCAAAGCCCACCUCGAAGCCUCAGACGUGUCCUAUGUCGAAAUGCAUGGCACCGGCACCCAAGUUGGCGACUAUGCCGAGAUGAAGGCCGUUAGCAACGCCCUCGGCCGUAACCGCCGGAAGGACCGGCUGCGUGUGGGCUCGAUCAAAGCAAACGCAGGGCAUGGAGAGGCAGGUGCCGGUGCUGCAGCAGUCAUCAAAGCAAUCAUGAUGUUUGAGAAAAAUAUUAUCCCGCCACAAGCUGGGCUCCCGGCAAAGCUGAAUCCUCGUUUUCCUCCCUUGUCGGAGCUGAAUAUAGACAUUCCUGCGGGUGUAACCGAGUUUAAAUCCGCUCCAGAACGUCCACGAAGGAUUCUGAUUAACAAUUUCGACGCUUCGGGUGGAAACACGUGUUUGCUGCUCGAAGAACCACCAGCCAGGAAGCCAGUUGCCAGUAUCCCACUUCCGUCUAGACAUGUGGUGGUAACUUCAGCCAAGUCUGCCAAGUCCCACGAGUCCAACAAGCGAAACCUUUUGGCCUACAUCAAACAGAACCCUGCUGUCCAGAUACAAGACCUUGCCUACACCACCACUGCCAGACGGAUCCACCACCCUAUCCGGUCGGCGUACGCAGCCACGUCCGUCGCCGAACUCGAGCGUCAGAUUGAGAUGGACUUGGCAUCAACGCCUGCGUCUCCUGAAAUCAACAGCAGCGCUACGCGUAGCCCGGUAGUUUUUAUGUUCUCCGGCCAGGGGCAGUUGUACGCUGGGAUGGGCGCCGAUCUGUACCGAGACAGUCCGGCAUUCCGCGACGAGAUGGACAAGUGUGUCCGCAUCUGCGCUUCAUUUGGGUUCCCUUCAUUUGAGGACUUAGUCAAAGACCCAGCAGCCACAUUGGCAGGGAGGCCAACUUCGGAAACGCAGCUUGCCACAGUAUGCUUGGAAAUAUCGCUUGCAGCGUUCUGGGCUUCCUGCGGCCUAGUCCCGGCAGUCGUCAUGGGGCACAGCCUCGGAGAGUUUGCCGCCCUGCAUGUUGCUGGCGUGCUUACUCUGGCCGACACGCUGCUUUUGGUUGGGAAGAGGGCGUUGGUUAUGGAAGCUCGAUGCCAAGCCGGGAUUUUCUCCAUGCUCCAACUGGCAGCUCCAUUGUCGGUCGUGCAAGAACUGCUUAGGAAUCACGCAGACAUCUCGAUUUCGUGUAUCAACGGCCCCGCUGCAAUUGUAGUAAGCGGGCCGGCAGGGGACGUGGCGUUUUUGCAAACCAGUUGCCGAACCCAGCAAAUUCGCUUCACGUUGCUCAAAUUGCCAUACGCAUUCCAUUCGCAUCAGAUGGACCCUGCGUUGGAUGAAUAUGAGGCGGUGGCACGAACCGCCCACUUUGACGCACCCAAAGUACCCAUCGCCUCCACUCUACUCGGUCACCUCGUGUCUGAGGCUGGCCAGGUAGACGCAAAGUACAUGGUUCGUCAGACCAGGGAGCCUGUGGAUUUCGUCGGCGCCGUCAAGGUGGUUGAGGCCAAGCUAAAAGAUUGUCUGUGGUUGGAGCUCGGCCCGUCUUCGGUGCUGGUUGACCUGGUCAAACCCAUGCUCCAACCCUCUGGCCAGGCACGCACCGGCUGCUCGCUCAAAUCUGGCACUUCGGCAUGGACGUCCAUCUCCGCCGCCCUGGCGGCAGCCUAUGAGGCGCAGCAGGAAAUUGACUGGGCCGGGUUCCACGCGCCAUACAUCUCUGGCCUGCGCCUGCUCCGCCUCCCCUUUUAUGCCUUCGACUUGAAGAACUACUGGCGCUCCUACCCUGCGCGUGUUGACCCAGUCUCCAGGCUGGCUGCCCCGUCGCAAUCCCAUGGCCUUCCCCCUCCGCCCUUGUCCACUUGUCUUCACUAUGUGGUGAGCGAGUCCGGCUCCACCUCCACCUUUCGCUCUCAUCUAGCCGAGCCCGAGCUCAAGGCCCUAAUUGAAGGACAUCGGCUGAUGGACGUGUCCAUAUCACCAGCUUGCGUGCUGGGCGAGAUGGCCAUGGCCGCCACGACACACAUGCUCAAAAAAGUCGGGAGAGAAGUCAAAGCCAUCCAGCUUGGCGCCAGGGACUGCGUCUUCUUCUCGCCCGUGUCUAUCGACGCCAGCCGGGCCGACCAGUCCGUCGUAAUCACCGCCGAACUGGACAGGGCUGGCGAUGUAGUCGACGUCAAGAUGCUGGCCGACACGGGAGCUGUGGCGGCGCAGCUUAAGGUCCAGUUGGUCAACCCGAUGCAGCAUCAGCAGCAAUGGGCUUCGUUCUCCCCCUUUAUCUGGCAGUGCUGCUCCGCCGUCGUCGAGGCUGCCAGGUCAGGGCGUGGGCAGCGACUAACGCCGGCCUUUUUCUACUCCAUCUUUGCCCAAACCGUUAGCUAUUCUUCGGCAUUUCAGCGCAUCGUUGAUGUAUACCUGUCGCCGGACAUGGGCGAAGGUGUGGCCGAAGUUGUGCUGGGGCCGACUCCGGACUCGUGCACUUUCACGCUCAACCCCUAUUGGGUCGACAGUUUGACGCACCUGGCCGGCUUCCUCGUAAACGGCGACCCUGCCAAGCCCCGCGGGACUAUGUUCAUGAUGAACACGUACGACUCUUUCGACAUAGUUGAGCCACUGGAGCCCGGGGUGGCGUAUACGGUUUAUGCCCGCAUUGUCCGUAAAGAAAAAAAGUCGUCCGUCGUAAACGUUUACGUUUUCCGUGAGCAGCGGUUGGUCAUGCAGAACCUGGGCUUGCAUCUUCAGCAAAUACCUACUUCUCUUAUUGCGAGCAUGAUCGGCAAGACGAGUCAGGACGGAGCUUCAGCUGCAACAAAGCAAGUAGGACCCUUGGCCCGCUCUGAUCCUGCGCGAACCCCCAUGCGUCAACAUCCUGCAGCUCCAGCUCUGAUCGAGACCCAGGCCCAGCCCCCACAGGGACCUAGCCAAAAGGCGCAGCAGGAGUCCUCCUCCUCCUCCUCCUCCUCCUCCUCCUCCUCCAUCGCCGACCUGCUGAUGUCCACAAUCGCCGAGGAAACAGGGUGUGAGAUUUCGGACCUCACGCCCAACACCAUCCUGGCCGACCUUGGCGUCGACUCCAUCAUGGCCAUUCAGAUAGCCGAGAAGCUACAAGCCAAACUGGGUUGCGAGAUUGGAGCGGCCUUGUUCCACCAACACCCGUCCAUAAGCGAGCUCCAGGCAGCACUUGGAAGCAGGUCCGCGCCAGCAAAUGUCGUCCAGAACCAAGAGACUGCGGUGCCAGCCAAGGCCGUCUCCGCCUCUCUUCGGUUACAAACACAGCUCAACCGCGAAUUCCACAAUCAUGACCUCUCAGAGGUUCUCAUCUCCACCAUUGCGCGCGAAACCGGUGCCGAACAGUCCGAACUCGAGGUCCCCCACACUUCACUCGCUGACCUUGGCGUCGACUCCAUCAUGGCAAUGCAAAUCGCCUCGUCCUUCCUGGAGCAGACUGGGGUCGACCUGCACCCGUCGGCGCUGGUCGAGAACCCCACCAUGAGCGACCUGAGCCGCAUGUUCCAGCAGUUGCAGCAGCACCCAGAACCCGAGUCCAGCUCGACUUCGGGCUUCGUCACAGUCGAGCACGACCAGAGCCUGGAGGAGUCGGUGCUGGCCAGUGCCUCGGACCCCGGCCCAGAGUUGGUGGUUGACAGCACCCCUGUGGACGCCCUACAUGCGCUACUGGCGCCAGCUGCACCACCCAAGGACGCGUGCAAGCCAAAGGUCAACGCCGUUCUAAUGCAUGGGCGCAAGACCUCUGGCCUCGCUCCGCUUUUCAUGUUCCCCGACGGCGCCGGCGGCGCGUCCACGUACAUGUACCUGAAGCGGUUCCGCAACGACAGGCCCAUGUACGUGCUGGAGUCGCCGUACCUGCACAACCCCGAGGCCUUCACCGUCGGUGUGGAAACGGUGGCUGCCAUGUUCAAACAGGUCGUGCUGGACAUAUACCCGGCGGGCGGAUUCCUACUGUCGGGAUAUUCCGGUGGGGCGGUCUACGCGUACGAAACGGCGCGGCAACUCAUGGCGGACGGCCACGUGGUGCAGGGCCUGUUGCUUUUCGACAUGGCGGUGCCGCAGCUGCGCCCUGACCCUGGCAUGCCCCCGGCCAUGACGCUGUUGUUGCCGCAGAAGUUGGUCAAGGCACGCGAAUGGGCCGAUCCGGCCGUCAUGCGCGGCCAGCUGGCCCACAUGGCGCAGAUGGUCCGUACUGUUUCCGAGUAUGACGCCGUGCCCAUGCCGGCAGACCGCCGGCCCAGGCGCACGUGGAUAACCUGGUGCAAGCGCGGCGUGGUGGAACGACUCGACGAUUUGGUCAUUAACCAGUUGCGCAAAAAGGGAAUUCUCGUUGACUCUAUUCCCAACUUCAUGGAGGACCCGGCCGUCGGGCCUUUUGCCUGGGCCAUCCCCAAGGGGAAGCCGCUUGGGCCUAACGGCUGGGAUAGGCUUGUCGGCAAUGUGCGGUGCUCUUCCAUUGACGCUGAUCAUUUUACAAUGGUCAUCCCCCCUGAUGUUGCCAAGUUUCAAAAGGCUCUGGAGGAUGCUCUGGUGUAUUGCACAGAAGAUUGA